UUCCGCGCCAUGUCGCGCUUGGCACGCACGAGCCGCUCGCCGCGUCUCCCCGGCUGCGUUGCCGGCCGAGACCUGCGGCCUCCUGGGGCGCAGUCAGCCCGCCCCCCGCCGCGCCCUCCCCUCCGCCGCGCCCGCGGGAGCCGCCAGUGGAGCCGCCGCCGCGGGGGCUGAGGCGACGCCGCCCUUCCGCCCGCCCCGAGGGCGGGGGCGCAGGCGAACCCAGCCUCUCGCUGGCGCCCGCGGCACCGCCUCCUCGACCUGCGCGGCCUCCUCUUCCUCCGGGCCGCCCACCCGGCUACUCGCCCCGCCCAGGGGCUGCAGGGACUGGAAACCGAAAGUUCGCGGUGCCGGGCGGGGCCGCGACCUGCCAGGGCCGGAGCUGAGCUCUAGCCCUGCCGAGGACGCGCCCGAGCCGGUGAGUGGCCUCCACCCUAUCCCGCACCUGCUUCUGCGGCGCUGCGACCGCCGGCGCCCCGCUCUGCCUCGGGCCGGGUGUCAGUUACAGGUAACGAAGUCAGGUGAAUGUGGCAAAAUUCCUGAGACUCAGACAUGGAAGACAGAAGACCUCAUGUAGAGGCCAGACCCAGGAAUCCCCCUCCCAACCACAGAGGUCCUGUAGAUGGAGACGGACCACCAAGAGCUAGAAAUCAAACCACUAACCCAGCAGCCACCAACCAUGCUGGAAGGCAUCCGAGGGCCAGCAACCAUCCCGCUCCUUUCCGACAGAGGGAAGAGAGAUUUAGGGCUAUGGGCAGGAACCCACAUCAGGGAAGAAGAAACCAGGAAGGGCACACCAGUGAUGAAGCUAGAGACCAGAGACAAAGCCAGAAUGACACCAGGAGGAGAAAUGAUGACCAGGAGGGUAGGAACCACCGACCACCGUGGCCCAGUGACAAUUUUCAGCAAUGGCACACCCCUCUCCAGAAGCCAGCAGAGCAGCCACAGCAGACGAAAAGACUGGGCUACAAGUUCCUGGAGAGCCUCCUGCAGAAAGAGCCCUCUGAGGUGGCCAUCACACUUGCCACAAGCCUAGGUCUCAAGGAGCUGCUUUCUCAUUCCUACAUGAAGCCCAGCUUCCUUGAGCUGAUCUGCCAAGUUCUCCGGAAGGCAUGCAGCUCCAGGAUCGACCGGCAGAGCAUCCUGCACGUGCUGGGCAUCCUGAGCAACUCCAAGUUCCUCAGAGUCUGCCUGCCGGCCUACGUGGUGGGGAUGAUCACUGAGCCGGUCCCUGACAUUCGGAACCAGUACCCAGAGCACAUAAGCAACAUCAUAUCCCUCCUCCAGGAUCUCGUCAGUGUCUUCCCUGCCAGCUCUGUGCAGGAGACCUCCAUGCUCAUCUCUCUCCUGCCAGACUCUCUUAAUGCUCUGAGAGCCUCUGGGGUUGACAUAGAAGAGGAGACAGAGAAGAAUCUGGAAAAGGUGCAGGCCAUCAUUAAACAUCUGCAGGAAAAGAGGCGUGAGGGCACUCUGAGAGUGGACACCUACACUCUAGUGCAGGCUGAGGCAGAAGGCGAAGUUGAGAGCUACCGGGCCAUGCCCAUCUACCCCACCUACAACGAGGUGCACUUGGAUGAGAGGCCCUUCCUUCGCCCCAACAUCAUUUCCGGGAAAUACGAGAGCACUGCUGUCUACCUGGACACUCACUUCCGCCUCCUGCGAGAGGAUUUUGUUAGGCCCCUUCGGGAAGGCAUUUUGAAGCUCCUGGAAAGCUUUGAGGACCAGGGUCUAAGGAAGAGGAAGUUCGAUGACAUCCGAGUCUACUUUGAUGCUAGGAUCAUCACCCCCAUGUGCUCAGCAUCAGGCAUCGUGUACAAAGUGCAGUUUGAUACAAAACCACUCAAGUUUGUUCGCUGGCAGAAUUCCAAGCGACUGCUGUAUGGGUCUUUAGUCUGCAUGUCCAAGGACAACUUUGAGACGUUUCUUUUUGCCACCGUUUCAAACCGAGAGCACGAAGAUCUCUGCCAAGGAAUCGUCCAGCUGUGCUUCAACGAGCAGAGCCAGCAGCUGCUCGCGGACGUCCAGCCCUCUGACUCUUUCCUCAUGGUGGAGACCACAGCCUACUUUGAGGCUUACCGGCACGUCCUGGAGGGACUACAAGAGGUCCAGGAGGAAGACGUCCCCUUCCAGAGGAACAUUGUGGAGUGUGACUCCUACGUGAGGGAGCCGAGGUACUUGCUGAUGGGUGGCAGGUAUGAUUUCACCCCCCUCAUGGAGAAUCCCUCAGCCAGUAGGAAGUCUCUGAGAGGUGCUGAGGCCUUGAGGCGUCCUAGGAUUAAUGUCUUAGACUUUAGCCAAUGGCCCUCCAAAGAAGACCUGAAGCUGGAUGACUCCCAGAUGGAAGCCUUACAGUUCGCCCUCACAAGGGAGCUGGCUAUCAUUCAAGGACCUCCUGGAACAGGCAAGACUUACGUGGGACUAAAAAUUGUUCAAGCUCUUCUGACCAAUAUGUCUGUUUGGCAAAUUAGUGCCCAGAAGUUCCCCAUCUUGGUCGUAUGUUAUACUAAUCAUGCUUUGGACCAGUUUCUAGAAGGCAUCUACGGCUGUCAGAGGACCAGCAUUGUGCGAGUGGGCGGUAGGAGCAACAGUGAAAUCCUGAAGCAGUUCACCCUGAGGGAGCUGAGGAACAAGCGGGAAUUCCGCCGCACCCUCCCAAUGCACCUGCGAAGGGCCUAUAUGAGUAUUGUGACAGAGAUGAAGGAGUCAGAGCAAAAACUUCAGGAAGGGGCCCAGACCCUGGAAUGCACCAUGCACGGUGUCCUCCGGGAGCAGCACCUGGAGAAGUACAUCUCUCCCCAGCACUGGGAAAGCCUCAUGAGUGGACCUGUGCAGGAUUCUGACUGGGUCUGUGUGCAGCCCUCGAAGCAUUCCAUGAUGCUCGAAUGGCUGGGGCUUGGUGUGGGUUCCUUCACUCAGAGUGCAUCUCCAGCAGGACCUGAGAACGUAGCCCAGGCAGAGGGGGAAGAAGAGGAGGAUGGGGAAGAGGAGGGUUCCCUAAUCGAGAUUGCGGAGGAGGCUGACCUGAUCCAAGCGGAUCGAGUGAUUGAAGAGGAAGAGGUGGUGAGACCACGGAGAAGAAAGAAGGAAGAGAGCGGGGCCGACCAGGAGCUGGCUAAGAUGCUGUUGGCCAUGAGACUGGACCAGGAUGUGCCUGGGACCAUAGCUGGGCCGGAGCAGGCUACAGAAGAGUGGGAGACUCAGCGCAGCCAGAAAAAGAAGAUGAAGAGGAGAGUGAAGGUUGAGCUUCGCAAACUGAACACCAUGACUGAGGCUGAGGCCAGUGGGAUCCAGGACGUCUGGCAGCUGGACCUGAGCUCUCGAUGGCAGCUCUAUAGGCUGUGGCUGCAGAUGUACCAAGCUGACACUCGCCGGAAGAUCCUCAACUAUGAACGUCAGUACCGCACAUGGACAGAAAGAAUGGCCGAGCUGAGGCUCCAGGAAGACCUUCACAUCCUCAAAGAUGCUCAGGUUGUGGGCAUGACAACCACAGGUGCUGCCAAGUACCGCCAGAUCUUGCAGCAAGUGGAGCCUCGGAUUGUCAUUGUAGAAGAGGCUGCCGAGGUUCUCGAGGCUCACACCAUCGCCACACUAAGCAAAGCUUGCCAGCAUCUUAUUCUGAUUGGGGAUCACCAGCAGCUGCGUCCCAGUGCUAAUGUAUACGACCUGGCCAAGAACUUCAACCUUGAGGUGUCCUUGUUUGAACGGCUGGUAAAAGUAAACAUCCCUUUCGUCCGUCUGAAUCACCAGCACCGCAUGCGGCCUGAAAUCGCCCGCCUUCUGACCCCUCACAUUUACCAGGAUCUGGAGAACCAUCCUUCUGUUCUCAAGUAUGAGCAGAUAAAGGGUGUCUCCUCCAACCUUUUCUUUGUGGAGCACAACUUUCCUGAGCAGGAGAUCCAAGAAGGCAAAAGUCAUCAGAACCAGCAUGAGGCACACUUUGUGGUGGAGCUGUGCCAGUACUUCUUGUGCCAGGAGUACCGUCCAUCCCAGAUCACCAUCCUCACCACCUACACUGGUCAGCUCUUCUGUUUGCGCAAACUCAUGCCUGUUAAGACGUUUGCUGGCAUCAAGGUCCAUGUGGUGGACAAGUACCAAGGGGAAGAGAAUGACAUCAUUCUACUCUCGCUAGUGCGGAGCAACCAAGAGGGCAAGGCAGGCUUCCUCCAGAUCCCCAACCGCAUCUGUGUAGCCUUGUCCCGGGCCAAGAAGGGGAUGUACUGCAUUGGAAACAUGCAGAUGCUUGCCAAGGUACCCUUGUGGAGCAGGAUCAUCCACACGCUCCGAGAGAACAAUCAGAUAGGCCCAUCCCUCCGCCUCUGUUGCCAGAACCACCCCGAGACCCACACCCUUGUAUCCAAAGCUUCUGACUUCCAGAAAGUACCAGAAGGAGGCUGCAGCCUGCCCUGUGAGUUCCGGUUGGCCUGUGGGCAUGUGUGCACACGUGCCUGCCACCCAUAUGACUCUUCCCACAAGGAGUUCCAGUGCAUGAAGCCAUGCCAGAAAGUCCUCUGCCAGGAUGGGCACCGGUGCCCAAAUGUUUGCUUCCAAGAGUGUCAGCCUUGUCAGGUGAAAGUGCCCAAAGUCAUUCUUAAGUGUGGUCACACACAGAUGGUCCCUUGUUCAAUGUCAGAGUCAGAUUUCUGUUGCCAGGAGCCUUGUUCCAAGGUACUAAGAUGUGGCCACAGAUGCAGCCACCUCUGUGGUGAGGACUGUGUGCAGCUGUGUUCAGAAAAGGUCUCCGUGAAACUUAAGUGCGGGCACAGUCAACUGGUGAAGUGUGGCAAUGUGGAAAAUCUAAAAUACGGCCUGCCAGUCAAGUGCACCACCAAGUGUGACACUGCCCUAGACUGUGGCCACCCUUGCCCCGGCUCCUGCCACAGCUGCUUUGAAGGGCGCUUUCAUGAGCGCUGCCAACAGCCAUGUAAGCGCUUGCUCGUCUGCUCACACAGGUGCCAGGAGCCCUGCAUCGGUGAGUGCCCACCCUGCCAGCGAACAUGUCAGAACCGCUGUGUCCACAGCCAGUGCAAGAAGAAGUGUGGGGAGCUGUGCAGCCCCUGCGUGGAGCCCUGUGUCUGGCGCUGCCAGCACUACCAGUGCACCAAACUCUGCUCAGAGCCCUGCAACCGACCCCCAUGCUACGUGCCUUGUACCAAGCUACUGGCUUGCGGCCACCCUUGCAUUGGUCUGUGUGGGGAGCCAUGUCCCAAAAAGUGCCGUGUCUGCCACCUGGAAGAGGUAACCCAAAUCUUUUUUGGCUUUGAGGAUGAGCCUGACGCCCGCUUUGUGCAGCUGGAAGACUGCAGCCACGUCUUUGAGGUACAAGCCUUGGACCGCUACAUGAAUGAGCAGAAGGAUGAUGAAGUUGCCAUCAAAUUGAAAGUCUGCCCCAUCUGUCAGGUACCCAUCCGCAAAAACCUGAGGUACGGAACUAGCAUCAAACAGCGGCUGGAAGAGAUAGAAAUUGUCAAGGAAAAGAUCCAGGGCUCUGCAGGGGAGAUUGCAGCUAGCCAGGAACGACUUAAGGCCCUGCUGAAGAGCAAGACCCUCUUCUACCAGCUGCGUCCUGAAGAAUUCCUAUUACUUCAAGAGAAGCUGGCCCAGAAAAACCUGUCAGUGAAGGACCUGGGCCUUGUGGAGAAUUCCAUCAGCUUCUAUGACCACCUGGCCAACCUGGAGGGGUCCCUGGAAAAGGUGCAUCACGAAGAACAGCAGAAAGUGAGGUCUCGACUUGAACAGGUCCACGAGUGGCUGGCCAAGAAGCGCCUGAGCUUCAGCAGUCAGGAGCUGAGUGACCUCCAGAGUGAAAUCCAGAGGCUCACCUACUUGGUGAACCUCCUGAUGCGCUGCAAGAUGGCAGAGAAGGUGAAGGGCGGCAUAGCAGACAAGGUCUCCAGCAUCCGGGAUGUUCUUGAAAAAACAAGUAAGUUCACCCAGGAAGAUGAACAGCUUGUGCAGAAAAAGAUGGAUGCUCUGAAAACUGCCCUUCCCUGCUCUAGCCUGGGCAUCUCCGAGGAGGAGCGAGUGCAGAUUGUCACUGCCUUGGGUGUUCCUCGUGGCCAUUGGUUCAAGUGCCCCAAUGGCCACAUCUAUGUAAUUACUGAGUGUGGGGGAGCCAUGCAGCGGGGCACCUGUCCUGAGUGCCAGGAGGUGAUUGGUGGUGAAAACCAUACUCUGGAGAGGAGCAACCACCUUGCCCCUGAGAUGGAUGGAGCCCAGCACCCUGCCUGGUCAGACACAGCCAACUUGAUGAACUUUGAGGAGAUCCGCAGGAUGAUGUAGAAGAUGGCACCCAAGGCCUUUUGCCCUGCCACCUCAGAGUCAGGGUUAGCUCCUCUGUGGAGGAACCAGUUUAUUAGUGUCCUUUAGUCUUCGCACUUGUUUAAGGAUCCACUUUUCGGGCUUGCCCACGAUUCUAGACAUACCCUGCGCUAGAGUAAGCACUUUACCCCCAGCACCGAGCAGAGCCCACAGUUCUCAGCUCCUCUACUGUAGCAAGUAGGACUCCUGGGAACAUCCAGACUCCACCCAGGGAUAUUAGGGUAAUUGGGUCCUGGCAUGGUCAGCACUGCGUGUGCCCAGGGUGCGCUGCCUCUCAUGUCCAGACCCUAACUUGCAUACUGACUCCCAUUAUAAUAACAGCAGCCCAGAGAGAACUCUAGGAACCCCUUUACUUUCAAGGAGCACAAGAGCCCAGGCCCCUACUCCUUGGGCUCCUGCCCUCCUGGAGAUGAGGCCUGUGACAGACACUUCAACUCUCCUUGACUCAGUUAUAUAGUCACUGUCCCCAGUGGGGUGGGGCUCUCACAGCAGACACAAGCUGAGUGACCCCUGCACCCUCCUGAAACUUGCACUCAGACAGCAGGGGUGGGUUUGUGUCUGUAGGAGAGGGUCUGCAGGUUCAGUGUCUGCAGCACCUCCUGUGAGUCUUUAUCUAGGCACCCUCCCUCGAAGCCUCUGCCUGGGCAGGGUGAGCAUGCCAGCAGCUUCUGCGGGCACCGGCUCCAGGCCCACUGCCUGCAUCUGCAUCUCUUUCCAUGUUCCUUAGAACAGACUUAGACAUCUCAGGUCCUUUCUAAUGUUGUCUAGGAAAGCCCCUUUCUUAUGUAUGCAUUUCCUUUUUUUGUCUUUACUAUGCACUUUAACCUAUUAAGCCAAUUAAUAAAAACAAUGAUUGAAAAAAGCC